UGGGUUAGCGCGCCACAGAGAGUCAUGGAGAGCAAGUGGUGGUGCCGGUGGAGUUUGUUGGCUUUGGUGAUCAUAGUUGACGCCGAAGUUUCCGACGUCACCUACGACGGAAGAUCUCUGCUCAUCGAUGGCCAGAGGAAGAUCCUCUUCUCAGGCUCCAUUCACUAUCCUCGCAGCACUCCGCAGAUGUGGCCAUCAUUGAUAGCGAAGGCCAAAGAAGGAGGAAUAGAUGUGAUUCAGACCUAUGUGUUUUGGAACGUCCAUGAGCCACAACCUGGUCAGUAUGAUUUCAGCGGCAGAUAUGAUUUGGUGAGGUUCGUUAAGGAAGUCCAAGCACAAGGUCUCUACAUUACCCUUAGGAUUGGACCUUUCAUUGAGAGCGAAUGGACCUAUGGAGGAUUCCCCUUUUGGUUACAUGAUGUCCCGGGGAUAGUCUUCCGAACGGAUAAUGAGCCUUUCAAGUUUUACAUGCAAAAUUUCACGACAAAAAUAGUGGACACGAUGAAAUCAGAGGGUUUAUAUGCCCCGCAAGGAGGCCCCAUCAUACUGUCACAGAUUGAGAAUGAAUAUCAAAACAUCCAAAAAGCGUUUGGUCCAGCAGCAUCCCGAUAUGUUAAAUGGGCUGCGCAAAUGGCAGUGGGCCUCCAAACUGGUGUACCAUGGGUUAUGUGCAAGCAAACAGAUGCUCCUGAUCCUGUGAUUAAUACAUGCAACGGAAUGAGAUGUGGAGAAACUUUUACAGGGCCGAACUCGCCCAAUAAGCCCUCGUUGUGGACAGAGAACUGGACAUCUUUCUAUCAAGUUUAUGGUGGAUUGCCAUACAUAAGGUCUGCAGAAGACAUUGCAUUCCAUGUCACUCUUUUCAUUGCAAGAAAUGGAAGCUAUGUCAACUACUAUAUGUAUCAUGGUGGAACUAACUUGGGGAGAACGGGCUCUGCUUAUGUUAUAACAGCCUAUUAUGAUCAAGCUCCCCUGGAUGAAUAUGGUCUGCUAAGGCAACCCAAAUGGGGACAUCUUAAGGAUUUGCAUGCUGCUAUCAAGUCUUGUUCUUCAACCUUAUUGCAGGGAGUGCAGAAGAAUUUCUCGUUAGGACAAAUGCAAGAGGGUUAUGUUUUCGAAGAAGAGAAAGGAGGAUGUGUCGCAUUCCUAAUAAACAACGACAAAGAGAAUAAUGUUACCGUCCAAUUCCGCAAUAGAUCAUACGAAUUGCUCCCGAAGUCCAUAAGCAUCUUACCAGACUGUGAAAAAGUGACUUUCAAUACUGCAAAUGUAAAUGCAGAGAGCAACAGAAGAAUCGUGACUCCUGCACAGAAUUUCAGCUCAGCCGAUAUGUGGGAGCAAUUUCAAGAAGGAGUCCCGAACUUUGACGACACUUCAUUUAAAUCAAACUCACUACUUGAGCAUAUGAAUACAACCAAAGAUAAAUCUGAUUAUCUUUGGUAUACUCUUAGGUUUGAAAAUAAUUUAUCUUGCAAUGAACCAACACUUAACAUUCAAUCCGCUGCACAUGUUGCCCACGUUUUUGCGAACGACACUUGUGUAGGAGGGGCACAUGGAAAUCAUGAUGUAAAGUCAUUUACCUUGGAACUCCCAGUGACACUAAGCGAAGGGCCAAACAACAUUUCCAUACUCAGUGCUAUGGUUGGAUUACCGGAUUCAGGGGCAUUUCUUGAAAGGAGAUUUGCUGGCUUAACCAGCGUUCAGAUUCAAUGUAGCGAAGAAGAGUCUUAUGAUCUUACCAAUUCUACAUGGGGAUACCAGGUUGGAUUAGUGGGAGAGCAACUACAAGUUUACAAAGAACAAAAUAGCGGUAAUGAAGUACAAUGGAGUCAACUUGGAGAUAUCAAUAAUCAAAUGCUCACUUGGUACAAGACUACAUUUGAGGCACCUGAGGGAGAUGAGCCGAUUGCCUUGGACCUUGGCUCCAUGGGAAAAGGUGAAGCCUGGGUAAACGGCGAAAGCAUCGGUCGUUAUUGGAUCUUGUUCCAUGAUACCAAUGGCAACCCUUCUCAAGCACUGUAUCAUGUGCCUCGGUCCUUCCUGAAAGCAUCCGGAAACGUUCUGGUUGUAAUGGAAGAAGGUGGUGGGAAUCCUCUUGGUGUCUCCUUGAACACUGUUUCUGUCAAGACUACUUUACAUGAACAUUUUCCCAAAUUGUCUUUUCCUUCUGCUACUUAGUUUGUUAAUUCUAAGCAGAGAGUUACAGCAAAACAUACACUCAUGGGCACACACAGAAUCUUUUUUUUUUUUGGGGGGGGGGUAAUUGGGACUGGCAUACACACAAUGCAUAAUUUAUUAACUCACUCCGAAUAAAAUACUGAGUAUUCUGGCAUGGAUUCUUCUGUUGCAUCCA